AUGGACAUGAAGGUGCAGAUCGCCGGGGCUCGACUCGCUCGUCAAGUCAUGAGCACGCCUCCGCUCUCUGGACUUCGUAACGCCGAGACCACUCCCAGAUGUCUCGUUCCCGACAAUGCAUCGGAUGAAGAAUGGAAGACGUGGGUUUUUAGGACGUUCAAUCCUGUCAGCCAUCCCAUUGGUACCUGUGCAAUGAUGCGCCAAGAUAUGGGUGGUGUUGUGGAUGGGAAGUUGAAGCUUUAUGGAGCAAAGAAUGUGCGGAUUGUCGAUGCUAGCGUCAUGCCGACCCAAGUCAGUGCGCAUUUGAGCAGCACGCUCUAUGGCAUUGCGGAAAAGGUCGCAGAUAUGAUCAAAGCAGGACUAUAA